AUGGGACCAAAUGAUAGAAAUACUAUGCAUGGAAAUGCGCCUAUGAAUGGUGCGUCAUAUGCAAAUGUUGUGAAAAGGAAAAAGAAACACGAGAUUGUGAAUAAAAGUAAUAAUGUUUUUCUUGGGGCAGGUGAUUUUCAUUUGCUUGAUGACAAUAACAAGAUUGUUCUUGGAAAAGUUAAGGAGGCAACAUUAAUCCCACAGUUGUAUCAAGUUUGUCAGGCAGAUGGAUUUACAGAAGCGGAGAUAAAGUAUGUUGGAGGAAUGUGGGUUUGGUUUGAGUUCAUGACUGUACUUUUUUCAGAUGAUGACUUGGAGGAGCAACUAAGUAGCGAGUCGGAAUAUGAAGAAGAUGAUUACAGUGUGGUUGAUGAGGAUGGGGUGAAUUUGGAUCAGUUUAUUCUAGAAAACAAUGGGAAUAAAGAUACUGGAAAAUAUGAUGGGUUUGAGGAAGGGUUUGUGGAAGAGGAGACAUUACCACAAACUGAUCAAGCAGUUGGAGGAUUGGAGGAUGCCUACGAGAGUCAUGAUGAUGUUGGAAACAAUAUCAAGGCUGCUUAUAACAUGGAUGGUAACAAAAAUGAAGUACAUAUAAAUAUAAAAGAAGACGGUGGAGGUGUUUUGCAUAGAGAUGAGGCAAGUCUAGGCUCCCGGAAAUCUAAUUCAGAUGUGUUUCCACCUAGUUUUGAUGGGAUGCAUUUUUACUCUUCAGUUCAAUCUCGAUCAGCACCUUCUGGAAAAACUCAAUUCUCACAUGUUUCUUCAAGUAAUAAUAAUGUUAAAAAAUUUAAGAAAAAACAUGUUAUUGUUGGGUCUUUGAUUGAAGUUAUGGAAAGAUAUGUGGAGUAUGGGAAAAUACUUAGAUAUGAUUUUACAUGA